UCCAUCUUGUUUGUGUGGAACUGACAAAGUGGUUUGGCGCCUACACUCAGCAGUUCCUCAGCAGUGCUUCUCACUCUUCUCCAAACCUUUAGCUCCAGAGCACCCAGUCUCCUCAACAGAGCCUGUGGGGACAUCAGUGACAGGUAACUGCCUUCAGGACAUGCAAUGGGACACAAUCGCCAAAUUAAUUCCCAACGAAGAAGACCAGGAUGCUUGCAUUUUUACCACAGAAGAUUGCUUAAUUGCCCUGAGAUGGUUCGUUCUGGCAUGUAUCUUUCAUCCCAGCAGCAGCAAGAAGGAAAUCCAGCAACAAGUGAUGCCCAGGUGGAUUCACAAAUAAGAUACGCUCCCUAUGCCAUUUCAUCCUAUCGUCGGAGAGGUAGUUUUCGUAAACAAUACCAAACUCGUGGUAAGAUGGAGAAAGAACAAAAUCUUCCAGAGAGAAGAAUGGAGGGGACACAGGGUGGGAUUUCGAGCAACUGGUUCAAGAUCACAAUUCCAUUUGGCAUAAAAUAUAAUGAGCAGUGGCUAUUGGACUUGAUUCAGAGACAGUGCAGUAUCCCAUUCAGGCCGGUUGAGUUUCACUAUGAUAAAAUGCAAGCCCACUUCUUUGUUGAGAAUUCCUGUAUUGCCUCUGCUUUGAAGAAUAUCAGUGGCAAGAUUUGGGACGAGAAUCACGAAGGGAUAUCAAUCUUCGUCACUCCCUCUGAGGUACCCCGCUCUGUGCAGGAGGAGUUGAAAUUGGAAAAAGUGGAACAGAUUAAGCUGACUACAAACAUACAAGGUGAUGCCUCCCAGCAACCUGCUGACAUCAAGAACCUCAGCUCUGACCCAGACUUGAUGGCCCAUAAUAUUGAAAUGGCAUCAAAUCCUAGAAUGUGCGAGGCUUCCUCCCUGCAAAUCCAUGAAGAGAACAUGCCCAAGGUUUUGACUUUGGACCCGAGUCACAAUCCAACCUAUCUGCUGGUUGGCCGGCCUGGCACUGCACAAAAGGCUACAAACAUCAAUAAUGUGAAUAUCUCCAAAACUGAGGUGAAGUCUUUGGGGAAGACGGACAAGGAGAAAGGGCUGGAUCCAGAAAAAAUGCGUAUGGACAGAAACCCCCAGGGUGCCACCUGCCCGGAUAAGUCCAGCAACAUAAACUCUAUCCUAGAAUUGUUCCCCAAGUUAUUAAGCCUGGAUGGCCCAAAGUCACCUGGAACCCUCUGUGGCACGGAAGCAAACAAGAUGUUACCAACUAGCAAGGGAAGCUUCUUCGGAUCUGAGAUACUGAAGAACGUGAUCCUGCAGUUUCUGCAGCAGUAUUACUUGUUCUAUGACUAUGGAGAUCGCUGUAGUCUUCUUGGUGCUUACCAUGAUGAGGCCUGCUUCUCCCUGACCGUUCCCUUCAACUCCAUGGAUCUGAUCCCGAGCAGUCUGUGUGAGUAUUUGAAGAACAGCAGGAAUAUCAAGAAUGUCACGGACCGCCACCUGCGAAGGCAACUGCUGCAACACACAAACCAUGCCAUUGUGGAUGUCCUCCGUGUGUUACCCAAAACUCAGCAUGACUUCAGCUCCUUCUUGGUGGACAUGUGGUUCCAGACGGAAACUAUGCUCUGCUUUUCUGUCAACGGGGUGUUCAAGGAAGUGGAAGGAGAUUCUCAGGGAUGUGUUUGGGCUUUCACUCGGACCUUCAUCACUAUCCCUACCAGCAAUUCCAGCCUGUGCAUCAUGAAUGACAAGCUGUUUAUGCAGAACACCAGAACCCGAGAGCCUCAGAGUGCCUUCUCCAUCUCAGUGCCCACACCCUGCUCCAGCUCCAUGCCUACUCUCUCUCAGGCACAGCAAGAAAUGGUGCAGGCUUUGUCCAUUCAGUAUGGAGUGAACCUCGAGUGGUCUCAGAAAUGUCUUCAUGACAACAACUGGGAUUAUGCCAGAGCUGCUCAGUUUCUCACUCUGCCCAAGGUCAAGGGCAAGAUGCCAGGGGAGCCUCUCAAACAGGCUGAUCCAAGAUCAUGAGAGUAAAGCCCUGAGAAGUACCCAGUGUAAUCAUCAUGGUCAGCAGCAGCAAUAGCAGCAUCUUCAUCAUCUUUGUUUUUUUUUUCUAGUAUAAAUAUUUCCCCAUGAUUGAACUUAGAGGCCUCGAGGGGGCCAGGAAGUCAAAGUCUAUCUUGUAGGGCUGAGCCACAUCCAUUCAAAGGGCCAGUUGUUUUGUGUAUGUGGGUACUUUCAAAAAGUUUGUGAAAAAGUUCAUGUUAUGAAAAAAUCAUGCAUGGAUUUCAAGCUUUUUUUCACACCCAAACAAACAUCUCUCUAAAAAAGAUUUAGUUACUUAUUUGAAAGGCAGAGUGACAGAGUGAGCAAACAAGCGAGCAAGUGAGCAAGAGGUCUUCCAUCUGCUGAUUCAUUCUUCAAAUACCUCCAACCACUUGGAUUGGGCCAGGCCAACGUCAGAGCCCAGAACUCCCUCUGGGUCUCCCACAUGGGUGGUAGGGGUCCAAGCACCUGGACCAUCUUCCACUGUCUUCUGAAGGCACAUUAGCAGGGAGGUGGAUGGGAAGUGGAGCAGCUGGAACUCAAACCAGCACUCUGAUAUGGGAGACCAAUAUCACAAACCACAGCUAAACAAUACCUAUUCUGCUGCUAAACUUAUAUUUUAAUUCCAUAUUUCUACAUAUUUUAAACUGCCUUCAUAUUUGUCCCUCCUCCCUAGGAUAUUUGUUUCUAUUCAUAAUAAAGUGUGUUUUGCCUGUUAUGUUAAGUCCCUGCAAAAAAUCCAUUGGAUACAGGCUUUAUCUCUGUUCUACAGAGGAAAAAAGACUGCUGGGAAACAGUGGAGUACAGACUCAAAUCCAGUACAGGAAAUAGUAUUCUUUUCUUAUCCACACAAAUAUAUUAAAUUUGAAAACAACCCACUUGGGGAAAAAAAUAAGCAGUACUAAAGAACAUAUGGAAACCUGUGAAGAAAAUAUUGCCCAUAAAUGUGACUGACAUAUAAUUAAUAUGAUUAAUAUAUAAAAUGACAUAUAAUUACAUCUGAAAUAUAUAAAAUCAGUAGAGAGAAGGGAAAUUGAUAUCAACUUAAGUUGUUAUUAAAAGCAACAGUAAUGCCUGGGAAGUGUAUGAAAAGUUAUUUAGCCAUAAAAACUACUAACUUAACUACAAAUGUGAUAAAAUGUUAAUUUAGAAAAGAAAGCUAAAGCUUGCUAAUUUUAGAAAAAAUGCAUUUAAUUUAUAUCUUCCUGAACAGGUGUGUGCAAGUAUGUGUCUCUAUUUUGAUGUAUUAAUUUCUUAAAUCUGUCAUAAUAAAGUAACUCAAACUGGA